AUGUCGAACAACAACGACGACGACGACGACGUCGCCUUCGCCAACUUGCGCCGCAAGAUGGCCGACCAGCUGGCCCGCGACAAGGCUGAGUGGUUCGGCGAGGAUUGGGAGGUUCAGCAGGAGGAGGAAAACGACAACUCCAACCAGUUCUGCAGCGACCAGGAAAUGCAAGCCGUCUUCAAGGAAAUGCGCAAGGGUAGCAUGCUCGACGGCCACACCUACACUCCAGGUGCUGGCUACACGGGCGACUACACCCCUGCGCAGCAGGCUCGUUUCCGUGGGCAGCUGGCCAGAGUGAGGAUCAACUGGCACAAGAACUCCUCGACUCGCCGUCGUCUCGACAUCGGUCCGAAGAACGAGUUGGCCCCGGAGUUCGAGGGUCUGACGGCUUCGGAGGUUGCUGCUCGCUUUCCUGGCGAGAGUGUUGAGAUGGGUGGAGAGUUCGAUGGUGAUCAGACCAUCGUCGUUGCUCGGGCUCAAACCCCACAGGCUUCGACUGAGCAGGACGAGGAGGAAGAUGCCGGUAGUGAGGAUGUCGUCGACGAGGAUGGAGAUGUCGGGAUGGAGGAUGCUUCGAGCAGUGUCGAGGACGACGCUGAGGACGACCCGGAUUAUGAGAACGUGUCGCCACGUUCGAAGAAGCGUGCUCGAAAGUGA